AUGCCGGCCAUCGAAUCAUCGGCAUCCCUCGGGGUCGCAGAAGGGGAACUGCCAUUUCCACCUGUCGCAAGGGAGCACAUCCUCCAUUGCUCUUACGACUACUGGUUUCCGAAAUACCGCACUUCCUGCAUCCGCUCCCGUAUCAUCCCCCUAACCCCCGACUUCGCCGCUUGGCUACACGAAGACGGCAUCCUCCUCGCCGACGAGGACAACAAGAACGAUGACGAUGAGACAGCGACUUCCGACAACGGCGACGAUGACUGGGAGCCUUCCUUUUCGACCUCCUCACACCCACCACCGCCCCGCGACGAGAACGACGUGUCUGAUUCCGACUCGGAACCCGACGAGAACCAACCAGCGCGCCAACCCCCAGACGUCCGUUUCCCCGCCCUUCACGCCGAGAUAACCUCCGCCAUCAGCGCCCUCGGUGGCGCAGUAGCUCCCAAACUCAACUGGUCCUCGCCUAAGGACGCCACCUGGAUCUCGCGCCACCCCAACACCAUGAAAUGCACCUCAGCCAACGACGUCUACAUCCUCCUCAAGUCCUCCUCCUUCAUCUCCCACGACCUCGACCACGCCUUCGACGACACCGUCCCGGCAUCUACCCCCUCAACCACCACAAACAACACCACCAACCCCGAUUUCAAACCCGUCCUCGUCCUCCGCACCUUCUUCAACCCCCUCCCAUCCCUCGAAUUCCGCUGCUUCGUCAAGGCGCGCACGCUCAUCGCCAUCAGCCAGCGCGACCUCAACUACUACGCCUUCCUGGAUGCGCUGCGCCCACAAAUCGCUCAGCGCGCGCAGGAGCUCUUCCGCAAGAUGCGCUUCACCUUCCCCGACGGCAACUUCGUCUUCGACGUGUACAUCCCCGAGGCGGAUUACGACGAUCGCAACGACGACGACAACGAUGACAACAACCAAGCCUGGGGCGAGAGGAAGGUGCUGGGCCGGGCGCGGCUGAUCGAUGUGAAUCCCUGGGCGCCGCGGACGGAUACGCUGCUCUUUGAUUGGGGGGAGUUGCUGGGGCGGGAAGUUGCGCGGCCGUUGUUGGGGUCUGUGGAGGGGUUGCAUGAGGAGGAAGAGGAGGAGGAGGAGGAGGAGGAGGAGAGUUUGACGACGGAUGAGGAUGAGGAGAACACGGAGGAGGAGCCCGAGGUGAGGCUGGUGGAGCACGACGAUCCGGCGGCGUACAACUUUAGCUCGCCGCAGUACUCGGCGCACAAGCUGCCCAAGGAUGUGGUUGAUGCGAGCUUGGCCGGGCAGGGCGGGAUUAGAGAAUUCGCGCAACGGUGGCAGAGGAUUACUGAGGGGAGGGAGAGGUAG